AAAUUUGAGACUAUUUCUUUGCAUCGCGACUUCCCGUUGUUCAGCUUUGUCCCUGGAAGCCCUCUUCUUUUUCUCUCACCUAGCACACAGCAUAAAAUCUCUCUCUCCCUGGACCAGGCCUUUACCGCCACUCCAUUCCCCGUCUCAUACUCUUACACUCCCGAAUCCCACCACACACCAGACCACCAGACAGCCCGAGGUCUUCACACAUACGGGUCGGUCCUCCCGUCUCCCUUUAUCUUAUCGCCUGCUGCCCACUCCGAGUCAGGUCGGUGGUUUAUCGAGUCAUCCCCUUUCGCCCCUCCAUACCCUCCAUCCCACCUCAUCGUCGCUUCCUUUCUCUGGUCACACGCCUCUUGUGAGAACUUGCGGUGCGCCUUCUUCACUGUCCGCCCACACGAGUGCCCUCCUUUUUCUACUGCUGCUCGUGCACACAAUUGCAUACUUGCAUCGUAUCAAAUUCCGCCAUCUUCUUCCCUGCGACAAAUCGAUCUCAUCGCUCCAACUUCAUCCCACUCCCUCACGACAAAGUGGUUCUUUCCCGCAUACUAAUCCCCGCCACCUCACCGUUACAAAUACUCCAACAUCAUGGCGCAGAAGCGAUUGAUGAGUGAAUAUCAAACCCUGCAGAAGGAGAAAUGGGUUCACAUUGAUGUCGACGAGCGGAAUGUCUUGAACUGGAAGCUUGGCCUCAUGGUCGUCAACCCCGACAGCGCCUUCAACGGAGGCUACCUCAAGGCCGAAAUGACAUUCCCUCGAGACUACCCAUACCAGCCUCCCACCUUCCGCUUCCUCAACAAGAAUAUCUGCCACCCAAACAUCUACACCGACGGCAAGCUCUGCAUCUCCAUCCUCCACACUCCCGGCGAAGACGAGCAGUCUGGCGAACAGGCAUGCGAGCGUUGGUCUCCCCUGCAGGGCGUAGAGUCGGUCUUGCGUUCUGUCCUGCUCCUUCUGGACGACCCUGAGAUCAACUCUCCCGCCAACGUCGACGCGAGCGUUCUCUACCGUGACAAUCGUGCCGAGUACCAGAAGAGAGCGCAAGAUACGGUCGCAAAGUCCAAGAAGGACAUACCCGAGGGUGUCGUCUUCCCCACAUCCGCUGAUCUGGAGCCUGUGCCUCAAAAGCCCAUCGACGACGACGCCUUCUGGAACGAGACGGAUGACGAGGGUGACUUCGAUUUGGGCGGCAGCGACAGCGACUUCGACAUGGAUGAGUACAACGAGGACGAUGAAGACGAGGAUGCGGACGACGAUAAGCCUUGAAUCCAACCCUCGAACAUGGGAAUCGACUCAGCACACACACACUUUCCUGCUCCAACUUGAACCUGCGACACCAAGAAAUGCAAACACUUCCCGGCGGGCACUCUGACUUGGCGGCGGCGGCGUUUGCGGUGGUCUCGUUUUCCAUCUCUCACAUUUCUUACAUCUUUCUUCCUCUACACGCAUGAUAAUGCAUAGCGACGGCCCCGGGCGUUUUACCGGCUGUCAGCACGGCCUGCUUAGGCUAACACGGCGUCUUGGUUUUCUUUCACGGGUUUGGCAUCAUUCAAUCACUGAGGAGGGCUUCUGGGAAGGGCUUCCACACAGGGAUACGGGAGUUCAUAUUUGGCUCUGCAAAAGCAGAGAGAUCAGAAGGGGGCGGGAUUCAAUAGUUUGGUGGCUGGUUGGCAAACCAAGCAGCCAGGACAGCGUAUGAGAUACCGCACUUAGACCAAUCAAUGACUUUCCAACUGAGCAACUGCAG